AUGUUGUGUAGCUUCUUAUCCAUUUCCAGAUUCCUCUCCAGGAAGACGACGACAUCUUCUUCUUCUUCUUCUCUCCUCUCCCGCAAUUUCCGAUUCCUCGUCUCCUCCGAUUCUCUCCCUCGCGUCCCGCUUCUUCGCCCCUCUUCUCCCAACACCCUAACCCCUCCCUUCUCCCGCCGUAUUUGGGACUCCAGCGGCGGCGGCGGCGGUGGCGGCGGAGACGAUUACGACCACAUCAGAAGCGACGUCAAUUGCCCUGUUUGCUCCGCCCAGAUCCUCGUCGUCUUCUCCAAUCGCCCACUCUCACUCACCGCCAGAGAGCCAGGGAUCUACCAGGCCGUUAAUUUCUGCCCCCAUUGCAAAACAGCUUUCUACUUCCGCCCGUUCAAGCUCGCUCCGCUUCAAGGAAGCUUUAUCGAGCUCGGCAAGGUCAAAGACGGUGACCAUCACGACGAUAAUGAUGAUGAUGACGAAACUCGCCAGAGAUCUUUCCCUAAGAAUUGGAAAAUUCAGGGUCUUAGAAACGAAGAAGAAGACGAUAAUGAGGAGGCAGCAGAGGAGGAAGUAAGUAAUGGCGGUGAUGAUAAAGAGAAGCAGCCAGUGAUGAAGCUUCCUACACCAAAGGAAAUCUGUCAGGGGCUUGACGAGUUUGUCAUUGGUCAGGAAAAGGCAAAGAAGGUGCUCGCUGUGGCUGUUUACAAUCAUUACAAAAGAAUCUAUCAUGCUUCUCGGAGGAAAGGGUCGGGUUCAGCAUCAGAUAUGGAGGAUGAUAGCAUUGAUCAUGUGGAGUUGGAUAAGAGCAAUGUGUUGUUGCUUGGCCCUACUGGUUCAGGAAAGACCUUAUUGGCAAAGACUUUAGCGCGUCUUGUCAAUGUGCCAUUCACCAUUGCUGAUGCCACUUCUCUAACUCAGGCAGGUUAUGUUGGUGAAGAUGUGGAGUCAAUUUUGUACAAGUUAUAUGUGGAAGCUGGUUGCAAUGUAGAAGAAGCUCAAAGGGGUAUUGUGUACAUUGAUGAAGUUGAUAAGAUGAGUAUGAAGUCUCAUAGCUCAAAUGGAGGUAGAGAUGUCUCUGGAGAAGGUGUCCAACAGUCAUUGCUAAAAUUGCUGGAAGGAACUGUGGUCACUGUCCCGAUUCCGGAGAAAGGAUUACGGAGAGACCCUCGAGGAGAUAGCAUUCAGAUGGAUACAAAAGACAUCCUAUUUAUUUGUGGUGGAGCAUUUAUCGAUCUGGAGAAAACUGUUUCCGAAAGGCAACACGAUGCAUCUAUUGGUUUUGGUGCUUCCGUUCGCACAAACAUGAGUACUUCUGGAUUUAGUAGUGCUGCAGUAACAUCCUCCUUGUUGGAAUCUUUACAAAGUGAAGAUCUUGUUGCGUAUGGUCUCAUUCCUGAGUUCGUUGGAAGGUUACCCAUCUUAGUGAGCUUAUCUGCAUUAAACGAAGACCAGCUUGUACAGGUUCUCACAGAGCCUAAGAGUGCAUUGGGAAAACAGUACAAGAAGUUGUUUCGUAUGAACAAUGUUCAACUGCAUUUCACUGAAGGAGCAACGAGGCUAAUAGCGAGGAAGGCCAUGUCAAAGAACACUGGUGCACGUGGCUUACGGUCUAUCCUCGAAAGUAUUCUCACCGAAGCAAUGUUCGAGGUGCCUGAUAGCAUAACAGAAGGAUCGCAAGGUAUAAAGGCGGUUCUGGUGGAUGAAGAAGCUGUUGGUUCAGUAGGAACAGCAGGAUGUGGUGCCAAAAUUCUUAAAGGAGAUGAUGUGAUGCAACAAUUUCUCCAAGAAACAGAAUCAAAGGAGAAAAGGAAAGAGGAUGAAGUUAAAAGAGCUCAGAGAAUAUUGUAG